AUGCAGCACGGAGCUGUUUACGUCCCUCCACCCAUAGAGGGCGCUCGCAGCUCGCUGUCAGACUGGCCAGUCAGCCAGCUGACAGUGAACAUCCACCUUUGGGAAAAAUGCACAGACUCAGAGUGGGUGUUAAGAACGCUCAGGAGGGGAUACAGACUGCAGUUCACUGCAGUUCCUCCAAGCUUCAGAGGAAUAAUCCAGUCACACGCGGAGGGACAAGCCGCUCUCUUCCUAAAGGAAGAGAUUUCCUCUUUGCUGGAAAAGAAAGCGAUACGGCUGAUUCAACCAGAGCACAGCAGCGAGGGUUUUUAUUCACGUUAUUUCCUUGUGCCAAAGAAAGGCGGCCGAGGAAUGCGUGCAAUUCUAGACCUCAGAGCGCUGAACAGGCAUCUAAGAAAAUACAGAUUCAAGAUGCUGACAAACGUGUCCCUGCUGCGCUUUCUGCGUCCAGGCGAUUGGUUUACAUCAAUCGACCUCAAGGAUGCUUAUUUUCACAUCCCAAUUUACCCCCCACACAGAAAAUACCUGAGAUUCUCUUUUCACGGGAACUGUUACGAAUACCUUGUCCUCCCUUUCGGACUCUCUCUGAGCCCGAGGGUGUUUGUGAAAUGCACAGAGGCAGCGGUGGGUCCGCUCAGGAGGCGGGGAAUACGUGUGGCAACGUAUAUAGACGAUUGGCUGAUCGCCUCGUCCUCCCACCAGGAAGCCUCACUUCACACAGCUAUGAUAAAAGAGCACCUGAUGGAUCUGGGUUUCAAAAUAAACCUGGAAAAGAGUUCCCUGUUUCCCUCUCAGAGAAUAGCUUUCAUAGGUCUCUCUCUGGACUCAAUCCAUGCCAGAGUUUCAAAGAGGGAACCUGGUAUCAUUCAGCCUCUGCAGGAGGCUGCUGGGGCUGAUGGCCGCAGCAUUAGUGGUGAUCCCUCUGGGACGUCUCCACAUGAGAGGAAUCCAACGAUGGGUAGCCUCUCACAGGUUAAAGUCACAUACCCCCCAUCAUAUGCUAAGAGUCACGGCAGCCUGCAUGGCUGCACUGCGCCCAUGGCGGAGCAAAGAGACACUGGCACAGGGUGUCCCAAUGGGAGUGGUGCAGAGCAGAAAGGUUGUCACAACAGAUGCCUUUCUGUCAGGCUGGGGGGCUAUAUGCGAACGGAAAAUGGUGAACGGAACCUGGGGUCCAGAAAUGCAGUCCAAGCACAUAAAUUACUUGGAGCUGAAGGCUGUUCACCUAGCAUUAAAGCAUUUCCUUCCCAUCCUGAGAGCUCACCAUGUGCUGAUCAGAACAGACAACACAACAGUGGUGGCUUAUAUCAACAGGCAGGGGGGGCUGAGAUCGCUGAGGCUCCACACGCUUGCUCACAAACUAAUCAUUUGGAGCAGCAGACACUUCCUGUCUUUGAGGGCCACCCAUGUACAGGGAGUGUUGAACUGUGGAGCAGAUCUUCUCUCCAGGGGGAAUCCCAUGUAUGCAGAGUGGAAACUCCACCCAGAUGUGGUGAGGAUGGUCUGGCAGCGGUUCGGUCAACCAUCCGUGGACCUUUUUGCUUCUCAAGAGAACAAUCAGUGUCCCCUGUUCUUCUCCCUGCACGAUCGGAACCCACCUCUGGGGGUAGAUGCGCUAGCCCACCACUGGCCUCACACUCUGCUUUAUGCGUUUCCCCCAAUAGCUCUCAUUUCACCUACACUAGCCAGGGUACGAGCAGAGGGUCAUACAAUGAUCCUCAUCGCACCCAAUUGGCCAGCGAAGCAUUGGUUAGCAGAGAUAACACAGCUCCUCUGGCAGGAACCAUGGUCACUCCCUGUACGCAGGGAUCUGCUGUCUCAGGCACGAGGACAGAUUUUUCACCCCCACCCAGAAAGACUGGCUCUAUGGGCCUGGCCCGUGAGUGGUUUAACCUACAGUCGGUAGGGCUUCCACAAAAUAUUAUUGAGACGAUACAGGAUGCUAGGGCUCCUGCAACACGAUCUCUGUAUGGGUAUAAAUGGUCCGUUUUUGAAAAAUGGUGCUCAGAGAUGAAAGAUGUUCCUUUUCAGUGUUCUCUGGGGGUAAUUUUAGCUUUCCUACAGAGCCUGAUUGAUAAAGGGAAAGCUUUUUCCACUAUUAAGGUCUACUUGGCGGCAAUUUCGGCCUGCCACAUAGGCUUUGAGGGGAAAACUGUGGGCCAGCAUCCCUUGGUGUGCCGCUUCAUGCGGGGAGCUCGAAGGAAGCUCCCUGUUUCAAGACCAAUUGCUCCAUCCUGGGAUCUACCCCUGGUGCUGGAUGCUCUUACUACCACACCCUUUGAACCUCUGGAUCAGGUGGAAUUAAAGGUAGUAGCUCUAAAAACAGCGCUCCUAUUGGCACUGGUUUCUGCAAAGCGCGUGGGUGAAAUUCACGCUUUAUCAGUGCAUCCAUCUUGCAUGAAAUUUUCUUUAGAUGGGACCAGAGUGGUUUUGCUUCCCAACCCAGCUUUUGAGCCUAAAGUGUUGGGGUCAUAUUCUCCCAUUGAGUUGAUGGCCUUCCAUCCUCCCCCUUUUUCAUCACAGGAGCAGGAAAGACUACACAGUCUCUGUCCUGUGCGCGCUUUACGGAUUUAUGUGAGGAGGACAAUUCAGGUCAGGAAGAGUGACCAGUUGUUUGUCUCCUGGGCUAAAAAUCAUAAUGGAAAAGCUGUUUCCAAACAGCGGCUUGCACAUUGGAUAACUGAUGCAAUUUCUUUGGCUUAUAGUUCAAAGGGACAUCAGCCUCCGGAGGGCCUGCGGGCCCACUCUACUAGGGGCUUAAGCUCUUCAUGGGCCCUACUCAGAGGAGUAUCCCUGCAAGAGAUAUGUGCGGCAGCAAGCUGGGCAUCAUCUCACACGUUUACUCGGUUUUACAAACUGGAUGUCACAGCUCCAUCACUGGCGCAUUCAGUUCUAAGUGUAACACCAAGCAGGGAGCAAAAAUAA